CUAAACACAAAGCUUUACAUAAGCACCACUGUACAAGACAUAUUGAGGCAGCAGCAGUUCGGCAGCUAUUGCGACGCGGUUCAAGCGCCAAUCCAUUUGACUUGAACAGUGGGCCCCGCUGCAUUGCUAUCCGUGAUUCAUUACACCAUAGCGGCUGCCUGAUAUCAGCAUUAACAGCAACUGUGGGUUUGAAGCCAGGAACAAUGCGCUCGACCAUUCCUUCUGCUGGAGCUGCAUCGACUCGCCAGGCCCAAUCGGCGAGCGUCAUUCAUGGGCUACGAGCAAGGGGCGGGCCCGCGCAAACAUCAGCUUCGCGCUCGCCUUUCCAGGUGCCCGCGACAUGCAGCAAGCGGUGCGCGUUCUCGUGCGCCCGCGCCUCGCAACAGCGCAACCUUGUGAAGGCAGCUGCUCUUCAAGGACCUGAGGAUGACUUUGCUGCUUCAGCGAACGACAUGACAGAAGCCCGCAUUCUGGUGGUCACUUCCGGCAAGGGCGGUGUGGGCAAGACCACCUCGUCUGCUAACCUUGGCAUGUCCAUUGCCCGCCUGGGCUACAAGGUGUGCCUGAUUGAUGCUGACAUCGGUCUCAGGAACCUGGACCUGCUGCUGGGCCUGGAGAACCGCAUUCUGUACACCGCCAUCGAUAUCCUUGACGGCGAGUGCCGCCUGGACCAGGCGCUGAUUCGUGACAAGCGCUGGAAGAACCUGUCGCUGCUGUCCAUGAGCCGCAACCGCCAGCGGUACAACGUCACCCGUGCGCACAUGGUGCAGCUGUGCGAGGCCAUCAUCGCGCUGGGCUACCAGUUCAUCGUGCUGGACUGCCCCGCCGGCAUUGACGUCGGCUUCAUCAACGCCAUCUCGCCCGCCAAGGAGGCGCUCAUCGUGACAACGCCGGAGAUUACCUCCAUCCGUGACGCGGACCGUGUGGCGGGCCUGCUGGAGGCCAACGGCAUCUACAACGUGAAGCUGCUCGUGAACCGCGUCCGGCCAGACAUGAUCCAGAAGAACGACAUGAUGUCAGUGAAGGACGUGCAGGAGAUGCUCGGCAUCCCGCUGCUGGGCGCCAUCCCGGAGGACCCCCAGGUCAUCAUCUCCACCAACCGCGGCGAGCCGCUAGUACUGCAGAAGCAGCUGUCACUCAGCGGCAUUGCGUUUGAGAACGCCGCGCGCCGCUUGAUUGGCAAGCAGGACUACUUUGUGGACCUCAACAACCCCCAGAAGGGCCUGUUCCAGAAGCUGGGCGAGAUGUUCCAGAACUGAGAGGUGGGCGUGAGCUGGGCGGUCCACAUGAGAGGCACAGCAGCGGGGCUUUGUGGAACGCAGCAUGGCGGCAGUUAUAGCAGGGGCGGAGCGAGAAAUGGUUGUUGGAUGAUACUGGUGCACAUAGUUCCGGCGGUUCAAGAUGAUGUCUAGAGCGGCAAGCGGUAGCACGGGAGGGGAAGCAUAGUGUUAUCGCUGGAUGCGCAUGGCACGUAUGUGCGGUUUGCAAAGCGGACGGAAUGGCGGUCGUGAUCAUGCGCCGAUCUAAUUUGCAGGUGGUAUGAACAGAAUCGGUGAUGCAGGUUGCUAGGGCGAUAUUGGGCGAAUGGGGAUGAGUCUGUGCUUUGUGGGCCCGUGGCGGGCGGCCAUGGAAUCUAUGCUCCAAGUGUGAAGCGCAUGACGACCUGCUUUCACGUUGGAGUGAGAUCAGCUGGUAGUCCCACCCCUGAAUAGUCCUCACAUGUGAAGACUGGCAAGCAAAAGCAGCUGAUUAUUGGGCUUUGACACUUUCAGCGGCACCACACUGCAGGUGCAUGUCUGCAACGCACUUCAGCGCAACCGGCGCAUGUCGUGCAGUGACCAGUCUCAUCAGU